CUGACUUUUCUGACGGACGAUUUCAUUAUGGGACAGACGGUGGCUACACCCUUAUCUCUCACCCUUGACCACUUCUCAGAAGUAAAAUAUAGGGCACAUAAUCUCUCAGUGGAAGUUAGAAAAGCAAAGUGGCAAGCCUUUUGCUCCUCGGAAUGGCCUGCUUUUCAGGUUGGAUGGCCACCGGAGGGCACCUUUCACCUUGACACGAUUCUUGCUGUUAAGACUAAGACUCUCCAAGUGGAGGGGGGCCAUCCUGAUCAGGUACCUUAUGUCCUAACCUGGGAGGAUAUUGUUCGCCAUCCACCCCCCUGGGUGCGCCCCUUUGUUCUCCCCACAGAGACUCCGUUGACAACUGUUUGUGCCCUUAAGGAAGAGGAGAAAAAGAAAGUGCUCACUUCUCCAGAAGCAGACCUCCUCCUUCUUGACCUUCCGCCCCCUUAUCCGCCAGCCAUGGCCCCUACCCCUGCCACUGUCGGUCCCUCAGCGCUGCAGACACCAUCGGCGCCGCAGACACCGCCAGAGGUUCCACUGCACUCACCAGCUGACCCUGCUCAGAAUGAAAGGGGCCCAGCAGCUGGAACACCAAGCCGCAGAGCAACCCAGCUGGACUCUGUGGCUCUCCCAUUGCGAGCCUAUGGAUUUCCAGAGGGGGAUGGGCAAUACCCUCUUCAGUACUGGCCUUUUUCCACAGCUGAUCUCUACAAUUGGAAGGCUCACUAUCCCCCUUUUUCUGAGAACCCCCAAGCCUUGACUGACUUGUUUGAAUCUGUCCUUUUCUCUCACCAGCCCACUUGGGAUGAUUGCCAACAGCUUUUACAGACACUCCUGACUACCAAGGAAAGGGGACGAGUUCUUUUAGAAACAAGGAAGAAUGUCCCGGGGGCAGAUGGGAGGCCUACAGUUCUCCCCGACGAGAUUAAUAAUGGGUUUCCUCUCUCUCGUCCUGAUUGGGAUUACAAUACACCAGAGGGUAGGCAGCACUUGAAGGUUUACCGCCAGACUUUAAUGGCGGGUCUCCGUGGGGCUGCUCGAAGACCCACCAAUUUGACUAAAGUAAGAGAAGUGGUCCAGGGGCCGGAGGAAUCUCCUGCAGCCUACUUAGAAUGGCUGAUGGAUGCAUUCCGCUGGUUUACUCCUUAUGACCCUGCUUCAGAUGAGCACAGGGCAACAGUAGCUGUAUCUUUCAUAGAUCAGUCAGCUAGGGAUAUUCGUAGAAAACUUCAAAAAUUAGAAGGUCUGCAGGAUAAGUCGUUAAAGGAUUUAGUGCAAGUAGCAGAAAAAGUCUUCUAUAGUCGAGAAACAGAAAAAAAAGAAGAAAGGAAACAGAAAAAACAGGAGAUAAGAGAGAGAGAGAGAGACAAGAGGCAGGAUAAAAAAUUGACUAAGAUUCUGGCCACCGUAGUUCAGGAAAGUCGUACUGAAAGGGAGAGAGUUCCUGGCAACCGUAAGGGCCCUUUGUCUAAGGACCAGUGUGCCUACUGCAAGGAGACGGGACACUGGAGGAGGGAUUGCCCCAAAAGAAAUAAGAAGCAGCUAAAUUCUCGAGCCACAGAGACCAGGGUCCUGACCUUAAACAAUGACAGCGAUUAGGGAGGACGGGGUUCGGUUCCCCUCCCCAAACCCAGGGUAACCCUCAAGGUGGAGGGGAAGCCAGUCCAUUUUCUAGUGGAUACUGGCGCUCAGCAUUCAGUUCUGUUGCAAGACUCAGGGCUAAGAAAAAAAAAAUCAUGGGUUCAAGGGGCCACUGGAUGUAAGCAAUAUACAUGGACUACCCGAAGAACAGUGGACCUCGGAGUGGGCCGGGUAUCCCACUCGUUCUUAGUCAUGCAUGACUGCCCAUCGCUGGAACGGGAUAUCCUGACCAAAAUAGGAGCCCACAUCUAUUUUAACCCAGAAGGCCCACAGGUUACAGAUAAAAGAAGGGAUCCUAUUCACGUGUUUACAAUUCACUUGGAAGAUGAAUACCGGCUA